UUAGAAAUGAAACUGAGACAAAUGUUUUAAAUGAAGUUCAUGUUUGAGAUGAUCAGACGAGACGUGGACGUUUAGAUCCAGAUCAGAUCCCAGAUCAUCGUCACAGAUCAGUCGACGGUCGCCAUGGGAAAACUUUGUGCCGUGACUUCCUGUUUGUUUGUGACAGUGGCAGCCGUGACAGCGCAGACAGGUAAGAACACAGGUGAGCAGACAGGUGAGCAGACAGCUCAGCCUCAGAUGGAGCGUCUGCUUCCUCAGUGGCUCACCGGCAUCAUCGCUGUCUCGGCCUUCCUCUUCGUCGUCUUCGUCACCUUCCUGGUGAAGAAAGCGUGGUGUGAAGAUCCCGACAGGCCGAGGAAGAAGGUCGAGGCCUCAGAGAGACAAAAUGACGUCGCCAUGACGACCAGAAACACCUAUGCCACGUCGCUGGACAUGGACAGGAGGAAGAGCAGUGUGACGUCAGACGGGAACACCUACGAGACGACUCUGGACAUGGUCAGGAGGAAGAGCAGCGUGACGUCAGACGGGAACACCUACGAGACGACUCUGGACAUGGUCAGGAGCAAAGAUGGCAGAAACGCCUUCAACAAUCCGGCGGUCGACACCAGUGAUGACAAAGUUUCCUCCCUGUGAUCUGAUUGGCUGUCAGUUUAUCUACAGAUGGUGUCUUUGUUUUGUCGUAUCUGAUGUCCCAGACAGGUGGAGCUUACGAAUAAUGAAGAAAUGAAUGAUGAGUCAUGUGUUCACAUCUCUGAUCUUUGAUCAGUGAACUACAGACUGAUUAAUAAUUAACAUAAAGUGGUUUAAGCUCACACAGACGAGCUUCAGAUUAAAGUUCAGACUAACUAAACUGAUCUGAGUUCAGAUUUCUGUUUUAGUGAGCACGCCAACUCUGAUAUCUGCAAUAAACAUAAACAUAUUAAAACA